CGUACUUUCUACAGUUUAAAAUUCUCAAUCUACAUACGCAUCAAAAUUAAAGGUGUCGGACCAUCAAGAUGGCAACGGUUACGGUUCCCGCUCUGACAACUGUAUUCACCCCGGCAGCUUCGUGUCUGACAGAUAUAUACAAUCUUACCACCACCUCCGGUGGGACUCCCUGGAUCUAUCUUCAACUUGGGCCAACUCCAACUGCAAAUGACUGCUACCCAUCAGACUUCACUCCAACCCCAGCAGCAUAUUAUUCACCGGGGAUAUGUCCAUCAGGCUAUCAAAUGGCUUGCUCCAGCAUCGUGAAUAUCAACACGAUUUCAGAAAUUAGAGCGAUAUGCUGCCCAAGUGCAUAUACCUGCCAAGACGCAACUGAUAAUGGCUGGCCGUGGUACUCCACCGAACUCUGUACUUUAGCUGCUACAACAACAGGCACUUUCUUAGUCACUGCCGAGCCUUCUAUCACUUCUACCUACAUUGGUACUCCAAAAUUCAAUGCAUACGGCCUUCAGAUUCGGUGGCAGUUGCCUACGAAAACUUCCAGCUCAUCAACAAGCACUUCAAUGCCAUCAUUAUCUUCGCAAUCGAACGCAAAUACACCAACACCAACAUCGACGUCCACAAACACUAGGUUUUCUAUUGGAACAAAGGCAGGCAUUGGGGUUGGUGUUGGUGUUGGGAUUAUUUUCAUUUUCAUUGGUGUUGUUUUGACCUAUUUUUAUUGCCGUCGCAAUCGCGGGGAUAACUCAAGAGCGACAAUGAUAUUAGGUCAAAAGUUGCCAGAGCCAAAUUUGUACAAGCGGUUUGAACUGGGCGAUACUCAACUGAGGAAUGGUCCAGUUGAAUUGGAUUCAAAAAUUCUAACUAUGGAGAUAGGCUAGAUCGGCUUUUAGAUGUUUCCGCAUUGUAUAUUGUAUUUUAAUCAAAUUUUGACCGGGGAAUACGCAGUACCCUAUUAAAUCCAUGA